GUACCUAUGACUUAUGAUGAGAAUAAACUGGCGCGGUGCGCGGCGACUCGAUAGUAGUUUAUUUGGUUAGAAUCGGAAUUUAGUUGAUAUUUACGUCACAAUUGUCACACACGGUCAAUCUCAAAUUCUAUCCAGUGUCGAAAUAAACAGUAGCGGAAAGUAGGCCAUGGCGUAUGAUAGUCUGCUUUAUUCCUUAAUAUUCUGUGUACGGAUAAAAAAGUCGUGUUUAAGUUAUCAAUAAAGUAAAACUAUGGAAAUUGUAGACGUUGAAGACGGCCAAGCCGAUCCUACGGCGGCGACGAGAAAGAAAAGUUUAUGGGCUAAAAUAAAUAAUAGGACGACAUAUAGUUAUUUAUUUAAUAUUGUUAUUUCAAUAUUAUUACUUACGUGUCUAGUUUUAGUGUUAUAUUUCUUCAAAGAAUACCUGAAGAAUAUUUUGUACUGGGUCGACGCACAGGAUCCGAAGAUCAUAUUUUUGUUAUUUAUGGGACUAUUCCUAAUUGUGAGUUUCCCCGUGACGAUCGGUUAUUUAGUUUUGAUAAUAACUAGUGGUUACUUGUUCGGCAUUUUGAAGGGGUUGGGAACUGUAGUUGUGAGUGCGAACUUUGGGGUGGCAGUAGCGCAUUUUACGUUAAAAAUGCUGAGAGGAUACUUGCCUCUCGACCGACUUCUGAAGAACGAUACGGCGAGAGCACUCCUCAAAGUGAUAUCUGGGCCUCAAGCGUUUAAAAUUGUGUUUUUCGCAAGAUUGACGCCGAUUCCUUUUGGACUUCAGAACACUAUUUUCGCUGUAAGCGACGUGCGUGGUUGCGGCUACCACCUGGCUACGCUGCUGGGACUGCUGCCAGCUCAAGUGAUCAACGUGUACCUCGGCUCCACGCUACGGUCCAUGCACGACGUGUUACACGAGUCGCACCUGACUGGAUACAUCGUAUUCGCAUUUCAGAUUCUGAUCGGCAUCACGCUCAUGGUGUGGGUGGUGCAAAAGGCGCGAAAGGAGUUGACGAUCGCUAUAAUGGCGGCUGAAUUGGGACGCGACACUCUAUCGACAAGUAGUUCGUCUAGCUAG